AUGAUAUGCCGACUGCUGAAUGAGGACCCGGUGCUUUGCUAAAUUAGGAAGGACAAUAAUGUCACGUAUGAGAGUUCUUCUCAUAGAAGUGAAUCAUCAAUAAUGGAGGACUAGUCACCGAUUGUAAAGGGAAGUUACAAUAAUUCCGCAGCUAAAAAUGGAAAUUACUCACAUCACAAAAAUAAUCAAGAGGAAGAAUACUUUCAAGGAGAAAAUAGUACUAAGAAAAAAAAGUAGGAAGUCUAGCAUAGAAAAAAUAAUAGAUUAGAUGACUCACUUGAAUUAAAGGAAUUCGAGAUUGCCAAGCAAGACAAUUCACAUCAUACAAGUAAGCAAAUGAGCAUGCUAGUAAAAGAUGAUAAACAAUAAAGAGAUAUUAUUGAACUUGCUGAUUUGGAAGAAUCUAAUUUUUUGCAAAGGCAUCAUAGUGGGGAUCUUAAUGGGAAAGAGGAGAUCAAGUUAUCAUUUUUUGAGUAGGAAUUCGAGAGACUUUACGAAUCUACAGUAUUCUUCUAUGGGGAGUAUAGGAUUGAUGAGGCAGGAGUAGAACUACAAAAGCUGAGAUAGUUAAUAGCAGAACAUACCAAUGACGAUGUAAUUUUAAAAUAUAUCUUUAAUUAUAAUAAGAAUCAAGAAGAGAUGAAGAGGCUAUAAGAAGAAAGAAUUAAUACCCAAACAGUGAUAUUGAAUCUAGAAAGAGAUAUGAAAGAGCUCGAUGCUAUUAUGACUGCUUUAGAUGAUCUGAAUAAUCUUGAAACUGUUCUUUAAGAUAAGAAAAAGGGCAUUCUUAUGCAAGUAAGAAGGCAAGAAGGGUAGAGAGGAGUAACUUUCAGAUAUGAAGCCAAGAAUCUUAAAGUUCAUCUCUUUAAUUUGCUAGCUUUGCUUAAUGAAACAGACCUAUAUGAUUUGUGGUUCCCUCAAUGCAAAAAAUCCUAUACUUUAAGGAGACUCGCAAAAGCAACAAAAAUGGCAUACGUAGAAUUCUUCUUUCCUUUUCCAUUUACUAAUCGUGAGUCAGUUAUGUAUGGAUUAGGAGCAAACAGAAUGAAAACGCAUGGAUCAAUUGUGAUAAUGGCAAAAAGUUAUGGUUUGAUAAAUGAUUAGUAACUGAGAGAUUAAGUGGGAGAGUUAGAAUUCAAAGAAAGGAAGGCUGGACUAGUAGAGAUGGAGGUGCAUCAAUAUGGUUUUGAAAUUACACCUACAGCUCCUGGAGAAAUAAGUAUAAGAGCAAUUAUGCUUUUCAAUCCUAAUAUGGACAAAAUGCCAGAGUCACUUGUUAACUGGGGUACCAAGAACUUCCUUGAAUAUAUGAUUAAUAAAAUGAUUAAAUUUAGCAAGGGAUUUUAAGGUACAAGCUAUGAAAAGAGACUGAAAAAUUCAGAAAACACAGAGUUCUACAUUUGGAUUCAAACAUACAUUAGAGAUUUUUAUCAAGAAAGAUGCUGGGAAUAUAAUCAUUAUACUUUUUGA